AACGAAGCCUGGGAGGAGAACCGCUUGUCAGUGUUUUACACGGCACAAAAACCGGGAAGCGAAACGGAAAAAUUUAUCGGCAAAAUGACCAUCGAUGUGAGCAAGAAAGGCUCGCCGCUCGGCUAUGAUCAUCUACGUGUGCCAUGCAACGGGAAUUUCGAGCCCGACCAGAAGUUCCAGUUGUUUUUCAAGCGAGACGCGAAAACUAGCGAGCCGACGCUAGAAAUCUACCACUCAAUCCCGACCAAUCCGACAAGAUUUAAAUUUACCACCUGGGAUCUACAGAAGAAGAGUCUUGAGUUCGACAAAACAGUGGAAGCCUUUGAGACGAUUGAAAAUCAUAAGAAAGUGCACUCGUUAAAAUGGCAAGGCAGCUAUUAUACGGUGAAAACGCGGAUGGUCGACUCGAAGGUGAUAAGGCCGACGGAACCGGAAAUAGAACCGUACUACUACCUCCAUGAGCGAGAUGGCGAAUUGGGAUGGCUACUGCCAAAGAAAUCGAACGGGAACCCGGAUGGAGAAGAAAUUGUGCAGCUGCAAUUGGUUUUCAAUUGCGACAAUUUUGAGAGCGACGAGCGGUUUAUCUUCGCAUUUACUAAAUCGUGGAAAUAUGCUAUCGUAAAAUAUGGACAUUUGCGAUCUAAUAUCAAACAUGGCGUGGAUUUGGGACCGGCCGAUGUUUGGAAGACCGUGGUAGACAUGACAAAAAUUAAUGGAGGCGCUGUGUUAACAGAUUAUACUUUUCCCACGAAUAUAAGAUGGAGGUACCAGCCGAGAGCACAGCGUAUCACGGCAAAAGGACCGCUACACUUGGAUAUCUUUAACGCUUUGGACAAGGACGAAGCUACAGUUUCAAUAGAACGUCAUUCGAAAUUUAGCCGAAUUGACGAACGCUACCUAAGCGCAUGGGAUCAGAAGUUCAAUUUGUAUGCUGUGCAUGUCGAAGGGACAAAUUGGGUCGAAGUGAUUUCGGAGCAGCAGCUUUAUAUUCCCUUGUCUCAGGUCGAAGAGGAUGGAUGUAUUGACGGCUGGGACUUGGCGGCAGUGAACGGCCAUGUGUUCCUACUGACGCACACUCGAUUAUAUCACUUUGACACGAUCACUAUAAAAAUCGACGUUCUGGCCCUACCAGUGAAAGGUGUCACCAAGGGUCCACGCCACCGGAUGUUCACAACCACCUACCAUCUCGAGGCUAUAGACGGCAGGAGACGAACUGUAGAUAUUGUGGUGGCGGUUGACGAUUUGCUAAUAUUGUACGCUGUGUCAUAUGUCACCAAUCAGCUGGCAUGCCUUCAGAUGCAUAACCCUGGAGUCGGUCGCAUCACGGCACUGGCCCCUGGCCGAGAUUUUUGGGUCGCUGGUCGAAAAGGGAUUGCGAGACUGGUCCCCAAUCCUACACACGUUUAUUCUGUGCCGAACGGCGACCGCAUCUGUUUGCACAACGGGAACCUGGUGCGCUACCCAAGCGCAUAUACGUAUAGGACUGAACAACUUGACCGACCCGGUCUCCCCGAAGGGCCUUAUGCCUGUUUGCUCGACGCGAAUACGGAAAAAAUGUUCUUCCUUCUUCUAACAAACAACAUACACCGAAGACAAUGUGUCUACUUGGAAUUGAGCCAGUACAGUCCGAGCAUGAAUUGUGAUAUGGUAUGUGACGCGCCCGUGUUCAUGGCAACAAUUGACUAUGAACGGUACUACACAUACCAUACGCCAGUCUUCUGGUAUUUUGACAACGACGCGAUCAAGCCACCUCGGCCGAAGGCCAACCUGCCGUUCCGUUUUAUUUCCAUCAGCCGCCACAAAUGUCAGAUCUUCAUUUACAUGGAAGGGGGGUUUUCCUUACCGCGCGGCACAUUUAACCCACAAGACCUUCCAGCAGAUUCAGCGCCGGAUUUCAAAGUCGUCAAGGUCGCCUGCAUCAUUACACCGCUCAUCAACCGAAUUAUCGUGGCAACUGAACACUUCCUGCUGAUGGAAACCCACAGUGGUCAUUUUGAAGUUCACGUCAUUGACAAGCUGAGCCGAUUCAACCAAGCAUCGUCUGAAGCGGCGGAAGACGUGAUUCCGGCGGACAACAUGCGUGGCCGAAAAAUCGUGGAUAUGACAGACGCAGUUCAUUGCCACGACAUUAUUGUGCUGCUGGAGUGCGGAUAUGUGGUCCAUUAUGAGUGGGGUCACCUGACGUUGACCCAAGUGGCCUACCGCCAGAGUCGCUGGAAAAGCCUAAAUGGGAUGUCCCUUGCGCGUUCAUUUCUGGGAAUGAGACAUUUCGGUAGCUCGCCGUCGACUAAGGUAUUUGGGUACGCGGAGCGGAUUCUGGAUGAUGAUCCUCGUGGCCGUGUGAUUGGCGCCGUGUUUCGCGAUGACGAGGUUUUGGUGGAACACUUGCAAGACCUGCGCGAAACAGCUUCACUCAGCAGGGACCUGUGGAAUAACGACGAUCGUUACCAGCACUUACUGCUCAGUCUCCAAAGUCCAAAGUCCCUGCGAGAUGUUUCUUUGAUCUUACCGAUGAUAUCACGAACUUAUCUACGAGCACCAUUGAUUACGUACAAAAUCGAAAAAAUUGUCGCGGAGCCGAUGGACGAGUUUGGAUUCUCUUUGCUCGCCGUCAUCGGCACCGGCCUCACGUUGAUCGUCUAUCAACCGGAGCUAGAGAAACUAACUGUUCUCAAUGAACAUUUCCCACGCUACCCAUGUGUUGAUGUCGCCUUUUCCAUGGUUAGGAAGGUGGAAGUGGAAGGAAAGACGUGCAUACGAGGAUUUAUCAUCUUGGCCACUGAAGCGGAUAUCGAACUUUUGGAUUUCCUCUUUAAGGGUGACCCAACUGUCAAGGAUUGGGCCACAAAACAGCCGGUUGGCACACCACAAGCACCUAUCCUGCGCAGGAUGGUGAUGAAUGUUGGGCCACGCAUUUGCAAAUUAUAUGUUCCCACCACCUAUGAGACGCUGCGACACCAGCAACUCGCAAUAUUCUAUGUGGCGUGCUGUCCGAAAAAUGAGCGUGACUUUUUUAUCGGAGCAUUGGUCGUUACCGAAGCGCCACUUUCCAAAAAACCUGGCGUGAAGCCCCAGAUGCGUCGCUCUCACGAGCGCAUCCCGUGCGUCGGAACAUUUCAGCCGGGCCAGGAAUUUCAGCUGAUGUUGAAACGCAUCCCAGAUGUCGUUUGUCCGACGGUGCAAAUCUACUAUCGAUUAUCCACUGAUCCAGACAGAUUCAAAUUCGGCACAUGGGACCUCAAAGCGAAGACGCUUGUAUUUGAUAAAGAGGUGGCGGCGUUUGAGUCCUUUGAGGACAAUGGGAAGAUAUAUUCGCUCAAGUGGCAGGGCAGCUAUUAUUCGGUGAAAACGCGGCUGGUAGAUCCGAAGCGACAACUGUCGAGUGCAGCAGAAUCCGCAAUCACGCCGUGCUCUACAACGAGGAUCAGAUGCAUA